GGUUGACAUCACAUAUUAUCCGUAUGACCAACAAAAAUGUGCCAUAGAAAUAGUCAGCUGGACAUACACUAUAGAAGAGGUGAAACUCGAACAUUUGUUUGAAACAGUAAAUCUGGAGGAUUUUGAAACUCACGGAGAAUGGGAGAUAACUCGUACAGAAAUUGAAGAUAAAAACCUGACAGAACAUCUACCCGACGGAACGGUCAGAGUUUUUCCACAGAUUGACUUCUGGAUUUACCUACGUCGAAGAACUCAGUUUUACAACCUAAAUGUGAUGAUGCCUAUCAUUCUGACGUCACUAAUGGUUGCCUUGGUGUUUAUAGUUCCGGUAGAUUCCGGGGAGAAACUCUCGUAUGUUCUCACGGUAUUUCUCGCACUUGCGGUCCUUCUCACCAUCGUCGCAGAUUCUUUGCCGCCAACUUCGAUUACUUUGUCGGUGCUAGGUCUUUACCUCGGCAUCGUGUUGAUCCUGGCUGCGGUUGGUAUUUUGAUAACGAUAUUAAUACUUAUCAUGUUCCAUAGAGAAGGUCAGCCCGACGAAAAUUCUUUCAUCAUCACAUUAACAAGAAACGCGGCAAAAAUUAUUUGCUGGAACUCGUCUGCUUUGAACACGAGAUCAGACGACAAAGUUUCACCAAUGAGAACGUCACUGAAAACAGCGGAAGUAUGCACCGUAGUGUCAAAGGAUACAAACAAUGACGUCAUGUUUGACGUCACGGAUAAGAAAAGAAGCGCUCAGAACAAUGACAAUUCUGUCGAUGGUACCGAUGAAACCAAUGAAAUCACCUGGAAAAUCAUUGCACAGAUAUUAGACAGAUUCUGUUUCUUUUUCUUUUUGAUUAUAACUGUUAUAAUGAACUUUUCUUUCGUAGUUACACUGGCAACAGGUGGACGUACUAACGGGCACUAAAAUGAUAAUAUUCUUCUGAAAGCUAUUUCUAACAAGAGCCCGGUCUGAACCGUGUGAUGCCCUCCGAAUAGAUUUUUGACACAGGAAAGUACACCUCUUGUAGUUUCAGAGUUAUGUCCCAGGACAAAGUUCAAAGUGCGAUAGUUCCAGAAUUAGGCAACUGUUCUUUGGACUGGACU